GGCUAUGAUAAGAAAUGGAAAUUCGAUAAAAAUCAGAUUGACUUGGUUGAGGGAACAAAAAGAGAAGGGAUCUAAAACAAUGAGAUAUACUCCAUGUGGCGUUUAGAAGAAAGUACUCUAAAAAUAUAGGAAGUACUCCACAUCUAAGAAAAUUAGAGCUAUUGACUUCUUGUGUUAGAAACAACUUGGAACACGAACUUGUGCUUUGGAAACUAUGAAUGACUUGCGUGUUUGGAAGAAGUAUAUAAUACAUUCUCAAUUGUAUACUUAGCCACUGGAACAAUCAGUAGUUCAACAUAAUGUGCAAGUCAAGAGAAAAGACGGCACGAAUUACCAUCAAAACAGUAGCUUUGAUACUAGAUGGCGAGACGUGAAAAAUUAACAAUGGGAAUAAGGAAAUCACGCGGCUCUUUUAAUGCGUUAACGUAUUUGGCAUUUCUGUUAAUGACAUCUUUGACAUUAAGGAGGUCAGCAACCGCUUGUCCUGUGUCAUGUUCAUGUCAUCUCAUGUGGUCGGAUUUUUCCGAGAGGAACGUUCGGUUUCUGAACUGUAGUGAGAUGAUCAACAUAUGGCAAGCCGACAAUCGUUUUAUGAAUAUAAGUGAAGGUUUUGAGAUGAUGACUUUGAGCGGAAAACAGAUAGAAAAUGUCAGCGAAGAAUACAUGAUGUACAUAGGCAGAAACAUUACAGAGCUGCAAAUGAAAAAGACAGACUCCACUCAGUUGAAAAACUUGGGAAAUUACUUUGAUAACUUAGUGUAUCUUAAUCUAGUAUCUAAUAAUAUUGAAUAUUUACCUAAAGGUACAUUUGCUAGAUUGGGUCUACUGAAACGUAUUUCGUUCGCAUACAAUAGAUUGACGAUCGUUAAAGGAAAUUCCUUUUAUGGUUUGGACCAUCUGGUUCGAUUUAAUCUGUCUCAUAAUCAUCUCAUCGAAGUUGUCAGUGAUUGGUUUAGGGACAUGUCGCGAACUAUAGAAACAGUAGAUCUCUCAUACAAUGAAAUACACAUACUUCAAGAUGGUGACUUUCACUUUCUGAGGAAUCUGAAAGAGUUGCGUUUGGACCACAAUCAUUUGGUACAUCUACACGACAUGGCUUUCCUGGGAAUAAUCUCAUUGGAUAAUCUUCGGCUUGAUGAGAACCAAUUAAUGCAACCACCUUCUCUGGCUCUUCAAAAGAUCAGCAAGAUAGAUACGGUUGACCUUAGCGCAAAUAGAUUCCACAUAUUACAUUCAAAUAGUUUUUAUAACACCACUGUUGGUGAGCUUAAAUUAAACUCUAUGCGUUAUCUGACUUUGAUUGAUGCAACAGCGUUCGAUAACUUGCCAGAGCUUCGACUCUUGGAAAUAUGUUACAAUAAAUAUCUUUCGUUUAUUGAUCCCAAUUCGUUCGUCAGAACUCCUAAAUUAACAACAUUACUUUUACAUCAUAAUAAUCUAAGUACGAUCGAAGAAUCAACUAUUACUGGGGUGUCAUCCUUAGAAAGGAUCGAUGUUCGAGGAAACAAUUUUGUGUGUGAUUGUUCACUUAAGUGGCUCAUUAAAAUUGCCAAUCAUCAACAACAAACUGACUCGAGAUUCACUGACAUUCCAACGAUGGCUUGUAGUUAUCAAGGCAGCACAACAAAAAUAAAUUUAGUCGAUAUCAAUAUCGAUGAUAUAAGCGAUGUUUGUGCUCCAAGAAUUCUCCAGGUCCUUCUCCCGGGCUUGAUAAAGACUAGCCCUGGUAAUCAUGUGUCGUUAUCCUGUCGAGCAUUUGGUAGACCAACCCCUAAUAUCCAGUGGAAGAUUCCAUCACAACAGGGCGCGGGGACAAAUGCGCCCAGUGUCAUAUCUGGUCAUGUAAACUUGGGCAAUAACGGAACAUUAUCAAUUGGGGAUGUCUUCACGAAUGAUGGUGGUGUUUAUAAGUGUACGGCUAAAAAUACUGAAGGAGAGGCCGAAGCGUCUGUCAAAAUCCAAGUGGGUACACUCAAAGGAAGUGUCAUCGUGCUUGCCCUGACGGAAAAUUCCGUCAUGCUUACGUGGCAUGGUAUAUCAUACCAACAUGAGCAUAAAUUGACUGUGAGGAAAAUCCACAUCAAUCUGAACAUCACCAUUGCUACUGUCCACAUUAAGCCUUACAUGAGGAGCUACACAAUCAGUGACCUGAAACCACUCACCACCUAUCAAGCGUGUCUCACAUUUAUUGACAUAGAAAAGGAUGUGAGGAUCAACUGCACGGACUUUAUCACGAAAGAACCUAACUUCAGCAAAGGUCCGAUCGGCCAUUCUGUCAACAUGAUAAUCGGGUUCAGUAUUGGGACGGUCUGUUUGGUGUUUCUCUUGGCUUGUGUGUCGUCGUGCUUAAUACGACGCUACAAUGAAAGACAACGCAAACACGAUGACUAUUUCGCGGACCAUAUGUCAGAGGUAUUUGCAAACACAAGUCUUGACAACAUCUCGGACGUCAGUAGACCCAUCACAUAUGAAAACUUUGGCGCAUCGAGUGAUUGUUUCGAUAUUGACGAUAUUGAAGAAAUACGGAGCUCAGUCGCGGAGGCGUCGGGAUACUCAAGAUAAAUCAUCGUUUGAAUAUGGGCCCAUGAGACACAAUGGUCCUAUCAUGAAGCCGAUUGCUAAGAUAAAUGAUCUCAAGCAAAGGUCUUUAUAAAUCAAACAAACGAUAAUGCUUGAACAAAAAGAUAAAUCAUCUAAAGAAAGACAAUCUAUAUUUUCCUAUUUUGUGCUUGAUUUGUAGAGUAUGUUUUAUAGACUAUUUUUGUUGUAAAUAUAACACACUGAUCGAGAGAAAAUUGGGCGAGAAUCAUAUUAAUUCUAAAAAUGUUUAUAUUAUCUUAGGUGAAAUCCUCUUGAAGGAACACUUGGCUUCAAACGGAUUAGAAAUGAAUAAUACAGUGUAUGCUAGGGGAAACCUCAGUGCAACAUUGCAACAUUUCGACUUCAAUAAUGACCAAAAUACAUUAAGGUUGUCUUACAUAUCAUGCGAUGGAAUUAAAGUACAUUACUUUAGCAUGUUAUGAAUAUGAUUGAUGAAUGUCUUAUUUAUAGGAUUGAACUUGUACAUAGUCUAAGAUGCCAAUGGUCUAUUCGUGUAUAUGAGAAAUGUAAAUAUAUUUAAC